AUGAAAACUCUCUGCUUGAUCGCUCUCGGCUUGGCCGUCAUGGUUGUGGCUCAAGGACCUGGAGGUGGUGGCCGAGGAGGCGGUCAGCAAGGUGGCCAAAUGGGAGGACAACAAGGAGGCCAAAUGGGAGGACAGCAAGGAGGACAGAUGGGAGGACAACAAGGAGGACAGCGAACUGGUCAACAAGGAGGAUUUGGAGGACAACAGGGCGGUCAGAUGGGAGGCCAACAAGGUGGACAGAUGGGAGGACAACGUGGUGGACAGAUGGGAGGACAACAGGGCGGACAACAGGGCGGACAACAGGGCGGACAACAGGGCGGACAACAGGGUGGACAAAUGGGCGGACAACGUGGUGGACAGAUGGGAGGACAACAAGGAGGCCAAAUGGGCGGACAAGGAGGUCAGAUGGGCGGACAAGGAGGACGCCCUGGAGGAAGA